UCCUAAAUCGUAAUACGUACGGGGGGGAAUGGCUCAACCAUUCCCGCGGAGAACCCGGAGUCGUGGAUUCGUUGCCAAGUCUCCCACUCCUCAAAAGCGCUCCCCACCCCUCCCUCCUCCGCCUCUCUCGCAUAUUACAUCGUAUGUAUAUAGGGAGAGGGAGAGAGAGAGAGAGAGAGAGAGAGAACACACUCAUCAUCAUCAUCAUCAUCACAAGGUGUGGACGAAGCACAAAAGUAAAAGCCAUUAAUCAUUUAUUCUUAAAAAAAAAACUAAAAAUCGUACCUUUUUGCUAUAUUUGGGGAAGUAGAGGUUAGAGGAGGAGGUAGAGGCUCCAUCCCUCUCCCCCCUCCCCUCAUUCUCCCUAUCUCCUCCUCACCCUCCUCUCUCUUCGUCCCCCCUUCGUCUUCUUCUUCUUCUCCGCCGAUCUCCCUCUGAUGGUGCCACGUAAGCCCUAGGAAUGGGGUGCGUGGCGUCGAAGAAGGAGGCGCCGGUGACCCCUGCGGCGAUCGACUCGUCGGGCCCGUCGGGGGAGAUCGUCGCCGAGUCGGGGUCGCUGUGGAAUCGGCCGCCGAGGAUCGGGAACGACGAGUCGUUCGGGGAUCGGCGGAGCGAGUCGGGCGAGUCGGGGAAGGUGAGCUCGAAUGGGGCGAGCUCCACGAGCUUCAGGCUCAGGAACCUGCACAAGUAUUUAGAGGGGGAGCAGCUCGCGGCGGGAUGGCCCGGGUGGCUCACCGCGGUGGCCGGGGAGGCGAUUCGGGGUUGGGUCCCGCUUAAAGCCGACUCCUUUGAGAAAUUGGAGAAGAUCGGGCAAGGCACCUACAGUAGUGUGUUCAGGGCACGGGAGCUCGACACGGGGAGAAUUGUAGCCCUAAAGAAGGUCCGGUUUGAUAAUUUCGAGCCAGGGAGCGUCCGGUUCAUGGCGAGAGAAAUUCAGAUCCUACGCAGGCUCGAUCACCCAAACAUCGUCAAGUUGGAGGGGCUGAUAACUUCUCGGUUAUCAUGCAGCAUAUAUCUUGUUUUCGAAUAUAUGGAACAUGAUCUUGCCGGAUUGUCCUCUUCACCUGACAUCAAAUUCAGCGAGCCUCAGAUCAAGUGCUAUAUGCACCAGUUACUAUCCGGGCUCGAGCAUUGCCAUUCAAGAGGGGUCAUGCAUCGAGACAUCAAAUGCGCUAACUUGCUAGUUAACAAUGAGGGGAUCUUGAAAAUGGCGGAUUUCGGUUUAGCAAACUGCUUCACUCUGGGCCAAAAGCAGCCGUUGACUAGUCGGGUAGUGACGCUGUGGUAUCGUCCACCUGAGCUUCUUUUUGGUUCGACUGAUUAUCAAGCAUCUGUCGACUUGUGGAGUGUCGGCUGCGUAUUCGCUGAGAUGUUCGUCGGGAAACCUAUUUUGCAAGGAAGGACUGAGAUUGAACAAAUCCAUAAGAUCUUUAAGCUCUGUGGAUCUCCACCAGAUGAAUAUUGGAGGAAGUCGAAGCUGUCCUAUGCGGCAGUUUUCAAACCCCAACAGCGGUAUGAAAAUUGCCUUAGAGAAACAUUCAAAUUUUUACCCGAAUGUGCCUUCGGUUUACUACGAUCUCUUCUCUCUGUCGAGCCUUACAAGCGAGGCACAGCAUCAACUGCUCUCACCUCUGAGUACUUCACAACAAAGCCAUAUGCAUUGGACCCAUCGAGCUUGCCGAAAUAUCCACCUAACAAGGAGAUUGACGCAAAAGUCCGUGAGGAGGCACAGAGGAGAAGGGUUAGCAGUAGACCUCAAGGCCCAGAAGAAGCUAGAAGACCUUCAAGAACAUUUAGAACUUCACAUGAACAACAUAGAUCGAGUCAUAAAGUAUCUCAUCAAGAGGAGUCUACUCAUGAAGAUGGUAAGAUUGCUGCCAGGAGAGAUCAUCAUAAAGUAAAUGGUGAAACAAGACUAUUUGUAGAUCUGCAGCCUCUGCCAACAAUCAAUCCUCACGAUGGGACCCGAUCUGUGAAGCAACUCUCUCAAGAAGACAAUCCUUUCUCCGGCCCUUUACAAAUCUCCGCCUCUACUGGCUUUGCAUGGGCAACAAAGAAGCCAAAAGAAGAGCUAUCCUGUGCCAAACCUCAAAUCAGAGUCAGCUCGAGAAAGCACGCGACUGCAGUAGAACCGUUGAGUGUUUCACAAGCUGAAGAUAAUACCACCAACAUGAAGGGACAACCAAAUGGGACUGUUAGAAAUGCUGCUUUUGCUGGUUCAAAAAGCUCCAAGUCAUAUGAGGUUGCAAAGGAAGCGAUGAUGAAGCAGUGGGCACAAGUCGAAGUUCCAGAUCCAUUCGAUUCUUCCAAUGCUUACAGAUGUAGGGAUUCAUCGGAAGAAAAGUAUAAGAGAGAUACCGUAUCUUUCAAGAGUGGCAUUCUGAGUUACAAAAAUCAGGAGGACAGAGUUGAGUUCUCAGGGCCUCUACUGUCUCAAUCUUGUAAGGUUGAUGAGCUUCUACAGAAGCAUGAACGGCAGAUCCGUCAGGCUGUUCGAAGAUCAUGGUUCCAAAAAGGGAGAAAGUGAGGACAAUGAAAAGGCCAUGGGCAAUCCAUCUCCUACUAACCGAAACAGCUGGCACGAGAAGCACCGAGGGCAAAACUUGGAACUCUAGGGAGAAGCACUGAUAGAUUUCUAACAUCUGAAUGAGGAAGGAAAUGUUUUGCAAGUGAUGGAUAAAAUUUGAGGAAUCAAUACUACUCACCAGUCUUUCAACUUUCUUGCUGCUCAUCGAUUGUAGUGACUUCUCCAGGGGUACUAAAAAUGUCUAGAUGUCGGUAAGCUCCAAUGGCUUAAAAGAAAGCCAAGCUACUGUAUAAAUUUAUUUGUAGAGUUGUAAACACUACCUUUUGUCCUGACAUCUUCUCAUUUCUGUUAAUUACUAAUAUCUGUUAGUAUGACAUCGAUGACUUGUAAAUUUUCAUGAUUACAUUUGAAUUAUCAAUAUUGAAAUGAUGUUGAGCUUUCUACAAUUGGUAAAAUGCACCAGGGGUUUCAACAUUUUAAUGAAGUUUCAAUCUGAGCCCUCA